AAGGUUUUCUCACAGUGUAUAACAAAACCAUGGCCUUAAAAUCUCUCUGAAUGCUUCCUUUCUGCGCUCCUUCGUACCUAUAAAUUUACCAUUUUUUUGUCUUCUAAGUCCUAGACUUCUUGUACUAUGAAUAUAUAGAAUCACAGCCCUGAAACUUAUCAGAAUCUGAAGACCACGUAACACCCAUUCCUCCAUUCGCGCCCAAAAGUUCCUUUUUGUGCUGCUUUAGUCCUUUCCUUUUCCCUUACCGACCGAACCAUACGCGUCAAAUUGAAGGUUCAAGGAGCAUCUCUCUCUCUCUCUCUCUCUCUCCAUUAUUUUCCAUUUGUUUUUUGGAGCAUCCACUGGGAUCAAAUGCCCCUUUGAUUUCCCAGAUCAUGAUUCAUGAGGCAAUGGAAGUGCAAAAUUCCAAACAUGGUCAUAUAAUUGAAGUAUGUGGAGAUGUGCCGGCUGUGGGGACGAGCCUGGGUGGGAGCAGGAUCUGUGGGGAAGCUGCAUGUGGAUUUUCAGAUGCUAAAACUAGUUCCAAAGAUGCCAAUGAACGGUCAGCGUCCAUGCGAAAACUUUUGAUUGCUGUUAUACUCUGUGUCAUCUUCAUGAGUGUGGAAGUCAUUGGAGGUAUCAAAGCCAACAGUCUUGCAAUUUUGACCGAUGCAGCUCAUCUGUUGUCUGAUGUUGCUGCAUUUGCAAUAUCGCUAUUCUCGCUUUGGGCAUCAGGAUGGGAGGCAACUCCACGUCAAUCGUACGGUUUCUUCCGAAUUGAAAUAUUAGGUGCUCUUGUUUCCAUUCAGAUGAUAUGGCUUCUUGCUGGGAUCCUUGUUUAUGAAGCCAUUGCUAGAAUUAUUAAUGAUACUGGUGAGGUUCAGGGCUUUCUUAUGUUUGUCGUUGCUGCAUUUGGUUUAGUGGUUAAUAUCGCCAUGGCUCUCUUGUUGGGACAUGAUCAUGGUCACGAUCAUGGGCAUGGUGGGCAUGGUCAUGGCCAUGGUGAUCAUGGUCAUAGCCAUGGGGGUCAUGAUGAAAUGCAUAACCAUGGGAUAACUAUUACCACACAUCAUCGUCCUCAUCAUCAUCAUCAUGAGGCCAAACAUCAUGAUGAACACCAUCAUGCCCAUGAAGCAGAUCACACUGAGCCUCUGCUGAAGACAUGUAGUGAAGGUGAAACGAAGUCCAUUGAUGCAGCUAAACAGAAGAAGCAACGGAACAUAAAUGUACAGGGUGCUUAUCUUCAUGUACUUGGGGAUUCCAUUCAAAGUGUUGGGGUUAUGAUCGGUGGGGCAAUUAUUUGGUAUAAGCCGGAGUGGAAGAUUAUUGAUCUGAUAUGCACCCUCGUAUUUUCUGCAAUUGUGCUGGGGACAACAAUUAGGAUGCUAAGGAAUAUUUUGGAGGUUUUGAUGGAGAGCACACCCAGAGAAAUUGAUGCCACAAAGCUUGAAAAAGGACUCUGUGAGAUGCAUGAGGUCGUUGCUAUCCAUGAGCUGCACAUUUGGGCCAUAACCGUGGGGAAGGUCUUAUUGGCUUGCCAUGUUAUAACCAAGCGCGAGGCUGAUGCUGACAUGGUACUGAACAAGGUUAUAGACUACAUUAGAAGAGAGUACAACAUCAGUCACGUGACCAUUCAGAUAGAGCGGCAGUAGAUCCAGAGAGAGCAAUUGCUGAUUUGUUGGGUGUUGCAAUUGGGUGGAUUUGGAUGUGGUAAUUGCGUGGGUUUGUGUGUUUUGAUUUAUUUUCCAUAUGCAUGAUCAUGUCUCCUAGAUCUCCGGCUGGUCCUUUUUGGUAUGCAUGCAUUUUAAUC